AUGGAUGGCAAAGUGAAAUACUAUGAAGGUUGUGGACAGGAAGGGCCGAUACGGUGUAUAUUUUUGUGUGAAUUUCAUCCUACCGCCGGACCGAAGAUAACAUGCCAAGUGCCAGAAAAUUAUAUAUCAAAAGAUAUAUUUGAUACAGUCAGUCACUAUAUAAUACCUAAAGUACAACUUCAAAGAUGCACUUUAACAGUAACUCUCUUGGGCUCCAAGAUCCUGGGAUUUCCUGUCCGGAUAGACAACAAAAAAUAUGCCCGCAACGCGUACUACUUUAACCUGUGCUUUGUCUGCGACGCCUGGGCUAGGACUGUGCAUCUCGAGCCAUUGGUCAAGAAGCUCACGGAAUACCUGUUAUCGAUGGAGCUUGAAACGGAAUGGCUGUCUAAGCAAUCAAUGUCUGGUGACGCGAAGGCGCUUGGAGGGCUGAUGCGGCAAGUGAUGCAAGAUAUCAACAGCCGCAGGAUGUGCACACUGACAGUGGGCACGACGACAACACAUCUAACAGUGGUAAGGGUGAACGGUGACCCUUCUCCGGUCAAAGAUCACCAAGUCCCGGUGUUCCUGUACAGCAGGGACUCGUUCGUGGCGGACCAGUGGGAUCUUACUACCAACCAGAUUCUACCUUACAUAGAUGGGUUCAACCACGUGUCAAAGAUAGCUGCCCUAACUGAUGUGGAGAUAAGUCUGGUACGCGCUUGUGUACAAAACCUCGUGUACUACGGUGUGGUGACGCUGGUGCCUAUCUUUCAAUAUUGUGCUGUUUACAGCGCUACCCCCAAACUGAGGCAGCUGACUCGUUGUGCGGGUCUGCAAAAACAAUGUGUCGAGUUUUGUGCAAGAUCACCUCGGCAGCUACCUCGAGUUAGCGACCUAUUUCGUAUGUACGCCGGCAUGACGUACGGCAGCACGGUACGAGAUCUUUGCAGAAGAAUGAAACCGCAAGAUCUAGCCAUCAAUGAGAGGAAAUUGGUAUUGUUUGGAGUUCUGGAGGGUCUUAUUAGACGAGUUUAUAAGUACCCACUUACGCUCCACAAUGACGACGCAGCUUCAAUACGCAGCGAUCACAGCCAGCCACUAGUGAAGACGACGUACAACGGACUGGUCUGUCUCGAUGAGUUGUGCUGUCAGUCAGGCCUGUCAGCCCUGCAGAUCGAGGAACAGUUAGAAAGGGACAGCAAUGUUGUAUACUUAGUUAAAUGA